CGCGUACUAUCUCCCGUCCGUCCGUCGUCGAAAAUCCUUUUCAGACGUCGCGUUGUUAUUUGUUUUUUUUGUUUUCCCGUCAUCGUCGCGCCGACCAGCUGCACGGUUUUCGUCUUCCCCGUCACCGUUUGCCGCUGUGGCGUUUCACACCGCCGCCGCCGCCGCCGCCACCGCCGCCGCCGCCCAUCGUCCGGGUGUGUUCCAUCGGUCCGGUUCUUCCAGCGGUUCGCGCGCGUACGGCUGCUUCGCGGGCAAUGGCAUUCGCCCUCAACACUGCUGGAGACCCCUGCGCUUGUUUAAACCAAGAACUCCACAGAACAAUCAUCUAAUAUCUAAAAAUUACAAUGAAUAUUGAAGACAUGAUUGGGAACGACAAAAUGCAUUCUUUUUGCUUACCUGUUGAGUCAUGUGUAGUUUGUGGCGAUCGAGCUUCAGGUCGUCAUUAUGGAGCCAUCAGCUGUGAAGGGUGCAAAGGGUUUUUCAAAAGGUCUAUCCGUAAACAAUUAGGCUAUCAAUGUCGCGGUACUAAAAUGUGUGAAGUAACAAAGAAUCACCGUAACCGAUGCCAAUAUUGUCGUCUUCAAAAAUGCUUAUCUAUGGGAAUGAGAAGUGACUCUGUGCAACAUGAAAGAAAACCAGUUUCAGAUAGAGUUGAAUCUAACCAUAACAUGCCUACUAGUCCAGAUAAUAAUAACAUUCCUACAUUUUCUUAUGGAAAUAAUUCAUUUAUAAAAAACGAUAUGCAAUUUAUGAAAAAUGAAAUGCAUUUCAUAAAAACUGAAAUGCCAUAUGCUGGACAUCGUUCCAUCUAUAACGAUCAAACAUCAAUAAAUAUGUUACAAUCUUCAAAUGAAAAUGAUUCAACUGUCAGAAAUCAGAAUUACACGGAUUAUUAUAUGGCUGAGGAUGAAGAAUCAUCAGCUAGUUGUUCUCCAAAAAUGGAACAAGAUAUUAAACCAUUUAAUCAAGACAAUAAAAGCCUAUUAGUACUUGCUUUAGAUUCAAUGACCAAUAUAACACAGCAAAAUUCUAAUGGAACUGAAGCAUCAUAUGAGAAUGAAGUGCAAAGUUACAUUGCUAUAGAUACAUCUGAGGAUAUUAUACCAGCUGGUAAUGUUAACUUUCCAUUUCAAUCGCCUAGUCCUAAAUAUGCCUACUUAAACCUACAUUUCAUUUGUGAAAGUGCCUCGAGAAUGUUGUUUUUGUCCAUAAAUUGGGUUCAAAGUCUCCCAGUGUUCCAGCUACUAUCAUUUGAUGUACAGCUUAGUUUAUUAAAAAAUUCUUGGUCCCAAUUAUUCAUCUUGGGUUUAUCUCAGUGUUCACAAGUAUUAUCAUUGAUACCAGUACUAAGUUCUAUGAUAACACAUUUACAAAACGAAAUGACUCAUAACUCAGCAAAUUCUAUUAAGGCUAAAGAGCUCAUCGAUUACCUCAACAGAAUACAAGAUUAUGUUACUGAAAUGGAGAAUAUCGAUAUGAAUGAAGUAGAAUAUGCAUAUUUAAAAUUAAUAUCCUUGUUUAACACUGAUAAUCCGAUUGAAAGACAACAAUUGUACAAACUUCAAGAAAAAACUGUCAAAGAAUUAAAACAAUAUUUAGUAAAGGAAUGUACUGUUGAACAUCGUGUUGCUAUAUUAUUGUUACGACUUCCAACACUGCGAUCAUUUCAGCCUAAUAUCAUAGAAGAAAUAUUUUUUUCUAGUUUAUUGGGUAGUUUUCAAAUUGAUGCAAUUAUACCUCAAAUAUUGAAGUUAAAAGGUUCAAGUACAGAGUAUGAAGAUUUUGUUUCCAAGAAUUAUACAUCAUAAUUUUUAACAUAAAUACUUGACAUUUGCACUUCCAUAUAUUGAAAACAAUAAUGAAAUCAAAAACUUGCAACAAACAUUACUUAUCUUCUAAGUAUAACAUAUGUUAAAAUAAUUUAAAAAUGUAUCUAUUUUUCAGUUAUUGUAAAGUAAGUAAAAACUGUGUACAAUGUA